AUGACCUCAAUCCGGGCCUUUCAUGCGUCAGACGUCUUUAAUUUCAAUCCUACUAAUCUUGACCCGCUUACAGAGACUUAUGACCUGAACUUUUACUUCUCUUAUCUCGCUCGAUGGCCGCAUCUCUUUACCGUCGCUUCUGGGCCGGAUGAAAAGAUUAAUGCUUACAUUAUGGGCAAGCUAGAGUCAUCCCCAGCUUUUGUCAUUCAUUCUCCGCACUAUCUUCCAUUCCAUGCCCACAUCACGGCCUUGACGGUAGCGCCACACGCACGUCGUCUAGGACUCGCACGAACGCUCUCAUCAUCUCUAGAAGCGGCCGGAGAUAGCUAUGACGCCUGGUUCGUCGAUCUCUUCGUACGAAAGGGCAAUGUCGUCGCGCAGGCCCUAUAUCGUGGCCUUGGAUACAGCGUAUUCCGUACAGUAAAAGACUAUUACAGUGAUGAUGUGAUGGGCACGGGAGGAGAAGGCGAAGAUGCCUAUGACAUGCGCAAGCCACUGAAGAGAGAUGUGAAACGAGCACACAUUCGAGCGGGCGGCGAAGCAUAUGUCGUAUCUCCAGAAGAAGUUUGGUGA